UGAUUUCCGGCCUUUGCGGUGGCGCUCCGAGUAUGAACGUCUUGAUUGUCAGGCGUGAGAUGGCCAGAGCUGGAGGGACACGUGUCUAUCUGGGAGACCUGAACUACUUCUUGCCAUGAACCCGGCCAGAGCAUGGAGCAAGCGCAUCUCCUCGGGAUAGAUCUUGUUUGGGCAUGUGGAGCGAUUCUAGAACUAUUCGUUGGAAUUGGGUUCUGGGACUCGUCUGCAACAUGGCAAUGGGGAUACUAUAUCAACUCUAUCAUCGAUGCAAUCACAAGUCCUGUCUAUUUGUUUUCCCUCCUAUCAAUCCAUCCGGCUCGUUCGGAGCCGCUGGAAGGUCGACUGGCUAGUUUGGACUGUGUUGCAACAUUUGUCCUGAGUGCAGGAAUGUGGACCACUUUCGCUAUGGGGUUGAUUUUUACCAGAGGCAUGUGGCAGAGGAACGACGGUCGUGCUUUUACAGUUGGGUUGCUCUCCUUACUCUUUAUACCCUGCAACAACCCUUCUACAGUUUCACAACACCCGAGUCAGAUCAUUCCCCUGCCACCUACUCAGGUCCUGCACUCACAUACUGUUCUAUAUAAUGGCUACUGGCGCCAAUACAUGUGGGUCUUCUUCACCAUGUUUUAUUAACCCAUCUACUUCCAAUUCACACGGAACGAUACUUUCGCCAAGGGCCGCGGUGCAGCUACUCCCCUGCCUCUCGUUCACCAUUACCGCUAACAUAGUCGCUAACAUGGUCAGCUGGUGGGGCCUCUCUAAGAUCAAAUAUUAUAUGAGAUUCUCGCCACAGUCAUGUACACUGUUUGCCAGACUUAAUAAUAGUGAGCUGCAGACUGCAGCAAUUCGAGCCAUCACUGAGGUGAUGAUACGGGGUUCGUCAUUCCACGUGUGGCUAAAGGUCUAAGCAUUACUGCCUCCUUGCUGACAAGAUCGGGAAACGCU